ACCAUUAAUCUAAAGUUAAGCGAAUUGUUUCGCUUACGAAGCGCAGCUCGAAUAUUUUCCAAUUGAAUGAGCAAUAAUUUGACCCAGAAAAUGGCCAAAUAGGGCGCGAUUUUACGUUUCAUUGGUUGGCGACAGUGGAGCAUUUUCCCUCUUCUCCGAAAUACGAAAAUGUCUUCAAUUUUACAAAACAACGCCGAACGUUUGGGAAUACGAGACUCCCCAACUAUUCAGAAAGCUGAAAGUUUUUUGCGAGUUCUUAACACUAAGCCGGCCUCAAAAACAAUCAGUGAUGUUGCAAAAAUCAUUAUGUGCCUUGAUUUAGCUGCGACUGCCCUCGGACAGGGCUUUGAUAAGGACACGGCGGUAAAAUUGUCAGGGCUGCGUAAAAGUGGCUAUCAGAACAACCUCAACAAUUUGGAAAAGAUUCUCAAUUUAGAUAAACCAAUCACAGUGUCUGAACUGUGUGUACAGCUGAGUUGCACAGAAGUCAAGGACUUGGCAGAGAAAAUUUUAGCGAAUUAUCAAGAGCGCGACACUAAAAUUAAGGACUUGGAACAUCCACAGUACGUGGCAGCAGCUGUCUACACCGGUUGCAAGUUGAGCAACAUCAGGGUGGAUAAAAUCCAAUUUAGGGCCAUAAGUCGGCUCAAAGUCGCACAGUGGAAUGAGCUACUUGAGGAGUUUAGUAAAUUUGCGACUUCUUUGGGUUUGGUAAGUGGGAAAAAACGGGCCAAAAAAGGAGUUGAAGAUCAAGAAGUUAUGGAAAGUGAAAAUAUCGAAGCACAGCCCUUGAAACCCAAAGAAAAAGUCGAAGUCAUUGAAGAGUACGAAGUGUGGAAGGAGCGGAUCUUACAGGAGGCGACUGCUGAAAUCCUGCGGAAUGAAAUCAAGUAACACUUUUAUACUUUUCACUAUUUAUUAAAUCUAAGUUUUACAACAA